CCCUUGUUGCAUCAUGCUCCAUUUGUAAAUAACUUCAUUGCACUAGGCGGAUCUGGUGUUGGCGCGACAAUGGCAGGAUUUGGAUUUGUAGACCAGGCAGUGAAAUCCAUUAAUACGGUAGAGGAAUACAUUAAAGUUGGAAUGGAUAUCGCUAAUGAAGUGGCUUUAGACUUUUUGGAGAGUAAUAAAGAUCAGUCAGAGAAAGAUGUUAUCGAGUUCCGUAAGGUGAUGCUGAAUUUUGUGAAAAUGGAACAAGAGAUAAAACAUCUACAGGAGGCAGUUGACUAUGUUAAACAACAGCCUCAGGAUAGUGGUGUGAAAUUAGAGAGUGUGCUUGACAAGAAACUGGAAGAGCUGAAGUCUGGAACCAGUGACACAAUGUUGUUACAGCAUGAUAAAAUACAGGAAUUUAAUCAAAGAAUGUGGGAUACUUUACAUCCAGAUGAAGCAUAUGCGGCAGCAGAGUUUGGUUUCCCGGCACCAGGUAGUGAUAUGGAUGUUGAAAUGACUCAGGAAAAGGUGAACACUCGAUGUCCAUACACAGGCAUGGAGAUGGUUUACCCUGUAAGGAACAAACAUUGUGGACACAAUUAUGACAAGGAUGGUAUACAACAGUACAUAAAACAGAGGAAGAAAAAGGCUAAAUGCCCACUUGGAGGCUGCUCCAAUGAGAAACCAAUAGAAAUGUCCGAUUUGGAGGAAAAUAAAGAGCUGAAGAGAUAUAUUGAACGAAUGAACAGAAAUGUCAAAAAGGGAAAGAAAUAGACCAAUCUUACCUUACAGUGUUACAACUUUCAUGAGAAUGUAUGAUGUAUUACUCAGGACAUUCAUGAGGAGCCUACAAUGUGUUCAAGAUGUGCAUAAUGUUAAAUUAUUGGGAAGAAUGUUACACUAUCAGACUUUAAAAUGGAAAAAUAUCAACAUUCCCCAUGACUACUUUUAAUUUUUUUCAUGACCAGUAGUGAAAAGAAAACAGAUUUUCAUCAUAUGUGAUGAGGGAGACAAUUUAGUUUGGUCCAACCUGUUUUGUGAGAAUCACGAAACCUGUUUUGUGAGACUCACGGAACGUUUGUUACUACAAUGCUAGACCCAAGGUUGGGGUUUUUACUUAAAGAUCACUACAGUGCUUAAGAUAAAUGCAAAAUGAUUAAAAUCUAUUAAUUAA